AUGGAUACUCUCUUCGGCAUCACCGGCAAGGACUUUACCAUCACCGCCUACGACUCCAAGGCAGUGGCCUCCAUCACCCUCAUGAAGAUUGGCGAGGACAAGUCCAGAGAACUCAAUUCACACACCCUCAUGCUCUUCUCGGGCGAGCCGGGCGAUGGUGUCCAUUUCUCAGAAUAUAUCGAGCGUAACAUCAAGCUGUACGGGAUCCGAAACGGUAUCGAGCUCAGUCCUCGGGCGGUCUCUUCGUUCGCGAGACGCGAGUUGGCAGACAGCUUGCGUAGCAAGAAACCAUAUUCGGUCAACCUGUUGAUUGCGGGAUACGAUGUCAAGACCAACAAGCCUGCGUUGUACUGGCUUGACCAUUUGGCGUCGCUCGCAAACGUGCCCUUUGCCGCACACGGCUAUGGUGCCUACUACUGUCUAUCGCUGCUGGACCGGUACCAUCGCGAGGAUAUCACGGAGGAGGAGGGCAUCAAAUUGCUGCAAAAGUGUAUUGGUGAGCUCAGAUCGCGCAUGAUCUUGAACAUGCCGGAUUUCGUUGCCAAGAUUGUCAACAAGGAUGGCAUCCGUAUUGUGCAGCUUUGA